GCGUUCACGAUACCGGCACACAGGCUGCAUGAUGGCCGAGGGAGGCGGACCCGAGUCGGGCAACGCGGCAGACUCCGACUCGGAGCCGGUAGCCGCGCAAAUGCCAACUCCUUCAACUGAGAGUCAAAAACAGACAAUUGGGUCCCUUUUGAAAACAACUCUGAGGAAGGGCGACGAAUGGUAUCUAAUAGACAGUCGGUGGUUCAAACAAUGGAAGAAGUACGUUGGGUUUGACAGCUGGGAUAUGUACAAUGUCGGAGAACGUAGCCUGUAUCCAGGACCAAUUGAUAACUCUGGACUGUUCUCAGACCAGGAGACUCAGGCCCUGAAAGAGCACCUUAUAGAUGAGCUGGACUAUGUCCUUGUGCCCACUGAGGCAUGGAAUAAGCUUGUCAGCUGGUACGCCUGCCUUGAGGGCCAGAGACCUAUUGUCAGGAAGGUGGUUGAACAUGGCAUGUUUGUGAAGCACUGUAAAGUGGAGGUCUAUCUGCUGGAGCUGAACUUGUGUGAGAAUGACAAUAUGGACAAUGUGGUCACACGUCAUUUUAGUAAAGCUGACACUAUAGAUACUAUAGAGAAGGAGAUGAGGACACUGUUCAAUAUACCAUCAGAGAAGGAGACCAGGCUCUGGAACAAAUACAUGAGCAACACCUACGAGCAGCUGAACAAGCCAGACAGCACUGUACAGGAUGCUGGUCUCUUCCAGGGACAGGUGCUUGUGAUUGAGCGCAAAAACGAGGAUGGCACAUGGCCCAGACAAGCAUCCCAUCCCAAAUCCAGUACAACCCCAUCAAGGAACUUCACUACCUCCCCAAAACUCUCCUCAAACUCAUCAGUCAGUAUCUCUUCAACAGUAACUAAUGGAGACAGCAGCUGUAGCCCUGGAUACACGCUCAACAACAGCACCUCAUCUAGCAACAGAUUUGGGGGCUACAAUUCAUACAGUUCCUCCUACAACUACAGAGAGUCACAAUCACAGCCUGGUCUGUGUGGUCUCAGUAAUUUGGGAAAUACGUGCUUCAUGAACUCUGCCCUCCAGUGCCUGAGCAAUGCAUCUCCACUCACAGAGUACUUCCUUAAUGACCAGUAUGAGGCAGAGAUUAACAGAGAGAAUCCCCUGGGAAUGAGGGGAGAGAUAGCAGAGGCCUAUGCAGAUCUAGUAAAGCAGAUGUGGCUGAGCCGCAGUAGCUAUGUGGCCCCUCGUACCUUUAAGACCCAGGUUGGACGCUUUGCACCCCAGUUUUCAGGCUACCAACAGCAGGACUCACAGGAGCUGUUGGCCUUUCUGCUCGAUGGGCUCCAUGAAGAUCUGAACCGUGUCAAGAAGAAGCCUUAUCUGGCCCUGAGGGAUGCAGAGGGCCGUCCGGAUGAGAUUGUUGCCAAGGAAGCAUGGACGAACCACCGCUUGCGCAAUGACUCCAUUAUAGUUGAUAUUUUCCAUGGCCUCUUCAAAUCCACAUUGGUGUGCCCAGAGUGCUCCAAGGUGUCUGUAACCUUUGACCCAUUCUGCUACCUCACACUGCCUCUGCCCAUGAAGAAGGACCGUACCAUGGAGGUUUUUCUGGUGCGAUCAGACCCUCAGUCUAGACCCACACAGUAUCGGGUGGUGGUCCCCAAACUGGGUACAGUGACAGACCUGUGCAGCGCCUUGUCCAAACUCUGUGGAUUCCCUCCAGAAAAUAUGGUGGUGGCGGAUGUUUACAAUCAUAGAUUCCACAAAAUUUACAGGCGGGAUGAUGGGCUCAACCAAAUCAUGGAAAAAGAUGACAUCUUUGUGUACGAGGUACAGGAGGAGGACAGUGAGAGGAUGAAUCUGCCUGUAUAUUUCAGGGAGCGCCACUCCAAGCAUGCUGGGAGUUCCACAAGCACCAUGCUUUUUGGCCAGCCUUUACUCAUCACCGUGCCCAGACAAAACCUCAUAGCAGACAUUCUUUACGAUAAGAUCCUAGAGAGGAUUGGACGCUAUGUAAAGCACUCCCAGAGCCCAAAUAGUGAAAGCAGGGCAUCGGCCUCGGCCUCAGCCACCUUUGCCAGCUGCAACCAGGCUCCUGAAUGUUCCACAUCAUCUAGUCUCAAUGCCAGCCUGGGUGGCUGUGGGAGCCCCCUGUCAGAUGGGGCCUCCUGCAGUGCCAGCUCCAGUAAUGGCAGCAACCACUCAGGGACCUGCAAUGAAACUAAUGGGCUAUAUGAUGGUGAAGAGGAGGCCAUGGACCACCAGGUGAGUCCAGAGCCAGAGAACGGUCAGUCUGAAGAGGAGGAGGAGACCUCUGACUUGGAAAAUGGGUCCAAAGGAGACUCGGCAAAGCUCUUCACUUUCAGCAUAGUCAACUCGUAUGGAACAGCCAACAUCAGCCCGCUGCCUUGUGAUGGAAACGUUCUCAAGCUUAAUCCACAUUCCACGGUGGCAAUCGACUGGGACACAGAGUCAAAGAAACUGUGUUAUGAUGAGCAGGAAGCAGAGGCCUACGAGAAGCAUGAGAGCAUGCUGCAGCCUCAAAAAAAGAAAGCCACCGUGGCUCUAAGGGAAUGCAUCGAGCUCUUUACAACCAUGGAGACUCUGGGAGAGCACGAUCCAUGGUAUUGCCCAACAUGUAAGAAGCACCAACAGGCCACGAAAAAGUUUGACUUGUGGUCGCUGCCUCGCAUUCUGGUAGUUCAUCUAAAGCGUUUCUCUUACAAUCGAUGUUGGAGGGACAAGCUGGACACAGUGGUGGACUUUCCCAUCAGGGAUCUGAACAUGUCAGAGUUUGUGUGUGACCCAAAGGCUGGGCCCUACAUCUACGACCUUAUUGCAGUGUCAAACCACUAUGGAGGAAUGGGAGGAGGUCACUACACGGCUUACGGCAAGAAUAAAGUGGAUGGAAAGUGGUAUUACUUUGACGACAGCAGUGUCUCGUCUGCCUCAGAGGACCAGAUUGUGACUAAAGCAGCCUACGUGCUGUUCUAUCAGCGCAGAGACGAGGAGGGCCCUUCCAAACCUCAGCCUUCGGCCUCGUUGGGAGGAGCCCCCGAGCCAGCCGACGACCACAUGGACACAAACUGAAGAGCCCUGACGCAAAGGGACACACACUGAAAUGCAUACGGCAAAUAGAGACACUCGGACGCACACACAAAGCUACUUUAGUGACAGAGGAUUCCACAGACUUAACAUUAUUAACCCAACCCUCCCCGUAUUUUAUUUGAUUUCUGUCUUGUAUGUCGUCAACUAGAGCCAACAGCCUUGUCAGAAGAGUGAACUGAGAGACUUCCUCCCUGCAGCGGGUGGCCUACUGAUUUCUGAACAUAGUUUACUAGUCUGGAACUAAGAGGAACAUAAAUGGAUAUAGAUCCUCUCACUGGAUGAACAGAAUGUUAGAAGUGCCCUCAAAUGCGUAGAUAAACAAAUGUUUCUGUUGCCCACGAGAACAGUCAGAAAUAUUUUAAAAAAAACAAAAAAAAAAAAAAGCCAAAUGCACAUAUUGUUUCAACCAAAGCGUUCCAACGUAUUUAUGAUAAAAAUGAAUCAACUGUUAGGAUGUUAGCAGGACACUGGCAUCGUGCCUAGAUUUAUCUCUAAUAUUCUUGCUGUGCUGAGGUGAAUGCAAACUUUUAACAGUGUGAUGUGCACACAGAACAAUACAUGCCACACUUGUUGAAAGAAUCCUGUGACCUUAUGCCACCUGUUUAAGUGGAUCCUGGUAUAAAAGGAGAUCCCGCUGCUUCAGAGUAGCUGUGGCAGCUGUGCUCCUGGCCUGCUGGAUCUGUGUUGGGAUCUAAACCACAGAGGGGAUGUCUUGUUUCAAUGGUUUUUAACAUCUCGGUCUUGACAUGAGUUGUGGCAGGAGCUGUUUUUUGGGUGUUUUUUUUUUUUUUUUUUUUUUUGAGCUUGCUCAUGGUCGGCCAUUAUUUUUUUGUUUGACGCACAGCACGGGCUCCGUUGUGGCCCUAAACUUAUGAGAAGAGUCUUACCCUGCUAACAAUUUGUAUUUUCUUUUUUUCUUUUCUUUUUUUGAUCACAAUGCAAAAGCGGCCUUUCAAUUCCUGCAACCUGACAAAAAAGGAGGCACUUUGAAUUCUCCAUGAGUACAUUAUCUACCUGCUUCUGGUCUAUCUAGACAUGACAGAACUGUAUGGUUUGGCCUUAGCAUUAAGGGUUAUGGUCUGUCAUACACUUCCAGAUCAUUUUAAUGUGUCUUUUAAGCAUAAUUUGAUUGCUGCCUGAUUGGACCCCUAGCUCACCUUGCAAUAGCUUGUCCUUAUUAGUCUUGUACAAUAAUUCAGCUCUGUAUUGAAAUGGCUAUGUUAUUUGAUAUCUUCAAAGCACACUGAGUGAAGCAAAAUAAACUAGUAUAAAAGUGGUGCUUUAUUCAUGAAACUUGAACUUGCUCCCAAUCAUGAGGAACAAUCUCUGUGUGUCAUCAAAUGGGAGUAGGACAGCAGUACCUUAACAGCAUUCUCACCGAAUGCAGUCAUUUUGAGCCAGUUGUUUUCCUUCCAGUGAUCUUAGUCCUCUACUCUGCUGUUGAAACAAAUACAUCUAAGUUGUUUUCUGGUGAUAUUACAAGUGAACAGUCCCUUUAUUUUAUCUUAAUGUAGUCUUAAUAGACAUUAAACAAUCCCAGGAAGCACAGGUGUCUUGAAUGUGAUCAACUUGAGAAUAAAAUAGAAUGCAUUCACUUAUGCUCAAUAACAAAGGUCUUCUAGUAAAACCAGGUGGCAGUUAGUACUUAAUGUAUCUAUUCUCAUGAGUCUUGUUCUGUGGCAUAACUUCUGCACUUUGUUGCAUAAUGGCAUGUUAAUAUGUAGGGUCUCCAAGUGCCCCGUCUGCUGGUCGGCCCCGCCAUUGUUAUGUCGUUCAGAGAUGACUACCUAAAUAUGAUCAUUUAUGCCUAUGACUAGAAAAGCUUUACAUCAUAUCUGUAAUCCUAGAUACUUUUUUGAAAACAAAAUUCACCUGCCAAAAUGCAGAAAGUCUUUGUUUUCUUCAUCUCCCCCCCCACCUCCUCAUGAAAAUCAUGACAGCAAUUCAAAAAUAACUGAAGAGAUGUAAAUAAUCACACUAUUUUAAAUAGGUGUAUAAAUUCCUGUCCUCAUAUUUAUCUUAUUGCCAAUAUCUACAGUUUUUGUUUUUAACUGAGAAAUAUUUGAAUUCAAAGUACAAUAAAGACUGGAAGCCUCAA